AUGACGGUGGUGUUAGAUAUGGACGAGUGCUUGCUGCACAGCAAGUUCCACGGGCCGGGGGCGGCCUCGGAGGCGUACAGACAGCUCGAGGAGCGACCGGACGCGGUCAACGAGGUCAACAGCUUUUGGGUUGCCCUCGACGAUGGCGACACUGCGCAGGUGAACAAGCGACCUGGCUUGGACCCGUUCCUGGAAGCGUUGGCGAGAGACUAUAACACAAUUGUCUUCACGGCGGCCAUGCCCGACUACGCCGGGCCGGUGUUGGACUACAUCGACCCGAAGGGCACCCUCUUCCAUCGCCGACUCUACCGCAGCAGCUGCAGACAGGUGAAGGGUGCCUUCCUGAAGGACCUCUCGGUGCUCGGGGUGGAGUCGACAGACAUGUCCCGAACCGUGCUGGUGGACAACAACCCGCUCUCCUUCAUCUGCCAGCCUACGAACGGCAUCCUGGUGGCCUCGUUCUACGACGAUCCGAACGACACCGCUCUCGCCAGCGUGAUGCAGCUCAUCCGGCACCUGGACCAGGCGGGAGACGUGCGCCCCAUCCUCAAGGACAUGUUCCGCCUCGACACUCUCCUCGGCGAGUACCGAACGGCCCUGUUUGACGAUGACGAUGAUGCCGACGUCGACUGCAUCCUGGACGACGAUGACGAGGAAGAGGAGGACUUGUUGGAAGGGUGCUUGGAGGCGGGGCAGCAGGAGAGAGCAGAGGCGGCGGCGGCGCCUGGCGGGGAUGAGAAGGGUCUUCUUUUGGACGUUCUGGUGGCAGAGGAGGAGCAGCAGCAGCAGGAGGAGGGCAGCGCUAACGGCGACGGGCAGCAGCAGCUGCAGGGCGAAGACGUGGAGUGCUUGAAGGACGAUGACGAUGACGAGUCGGUCAAGACGGAGGCGUGUUCGGAGGGGUCGGGGGACUCGUCCCUGGGCGACGAGUCCCUCACCUCCAGGGAGGAGAUGGAGCUCGAGCUCGAGUUCUGAGAUCCGUCGUACUUGUACUAAUCGAAUGAUGGAUCAAUAUAGCACAUUGAUUUUAUUGGAUUAACAACCUUGAUGGAUUGAUAGAUAGACCAGCCUGUCGUCCUUCUUCGCGACCUCCACUAGUGUCGUCGUCGUGUGUGUUCUGCCCUCUUUUUUCUGUCGCACUACCUUUGUUUUGCUUCGUUAGUUGGACGGGGGCGGCGGGUGAUUUCCUUGCUUGCGAGGUGUCUCGGCAGUUGCAAGAGGGCCUCUCGACAACGAGCCCCGAUACUAGUCACGCGAAGCAAAGUAUGGUGAAUUUUUGGCGGGGGGCAAAACAAAUGAUGCGAAGAAAUGGAGGGGGGGGGGGAGAGACACAAGGUAUAUGUGUCGUGGGUUUAUGCCCUCUUCUCCCUUUUUCGCGUUUUCCGAUUUUUCUCGGGUGUUCUUCGGUUUGGGGAGAACUCCGAGAUUAAUUUUUUGAUCCGGUCAUGUUCGUGUGGUGUUUUUAUCAUCUUGCCCAUAUGAUGUGGUGUGGAUUUUGUGCUUCUUCUGGUUCUCGGUGGUGUCGUGAUUUCUUGAUUUUGUUUUCCUCGACGUUGUCUUCUUUUGGGGCUCGGAAAUGAAACGCCGGUGUCGCCCCCUUCGCCGUCCCUCCAUUUGUGUCUUUUCUCUUUCCGGGACAUCUAGUGGUUAGUGGACUUUUGAAGGUUUGUCGGGGUAUAAGCGAACCGAACCGAAACCCACCGCCGUAACCGUGCGCGCGACAGUGUCUGUGCCGCUCACAUGUUGCCUGGGCCGAUCGCUCUUGAUUUUGUGUCUGUCCGUGUUUUUACGCUUGUUGGCUCGGCUUAGGCUCGAUACCCGAGCUUGACCCAUUUUUUUUCGUUCUAGAGGCUCGGUUCUCCCCCACCCUUCAUGCAACCCAUCUGCGUAUCCCCCCCUUGAAAAGGCGUUGCGCUUGGUGUGUAUGUUAGGUUGUCGAUGGUUUGAGGGAAAUGUCGAUCAGAAGUGCCUGGUCUCUGUUAGGCGGUGUACUGGUGGCGUGUGUGCCAAGGGCUGGCUGGCUUUGGACUCUUCUGUAGGUGAUCGAUCUUGAUUUGUGUAAGUGUGUUUUUUUUUUUUUUCGGUGUAUGUCGAGAGACGAGAUUUUUAGAUCUGUUUAUGUCCACAUACAUUUUUUUGGUGUGUUUUUUGUUCUUGCGAAGGGAUUUGGAAAGGCACAACUAGCUCCUUGACAAAUGCGCCAUAAGGGGCGGAAAGGAAACGAUAUCGGAAGGGAGAGCUGGGGGUUUUGCCCCGCCGUCGUCCUUUACAAGAAAAGAAGAGCGGUUGAGGAGGACGGAUGAAAGCUUUGGUGCUGAAGACCCGACGUUCUGUAAAAUGCGAGAUGGUUAGGUGUAUUACCUUUUUCCCCAAGCGGCUGCGCCUGCGUAGUGGUACGCAAGGCCAGCUGGAGGCGAGAGCGCGCGCUAUUGGAUCAGCCGGGACGUCUCGCUUUUUUCGUGUCAUGUGUAGGAGUCCUGGUUUUCUUGUGGCUGAAAGUGGGGCAGGGAGGGGGGUCAGGGAUUUGGGGUGGGGGGGGGUGGGGCUGAAAAAGGGUGUGGAGUGUUUUUGUGCUCGUGUGUCUCCGUUUUUUACGGCUCAGACGCAGGGUGUGCGAGCAUAUGUGACCGGCGUGUGUUUGGAGGCUUCUUUGGAAGCUGUCUUGAAGGUUUUUCCGGACACACGCAGGUUCUGUUUACGAAGAGGAAAGCCGUGGUCGGUUCUUGCCGACGACGUGAAAUUGGCGACCUGUCCCGCAUUCAGAUGGGUCGACGAGGCGUGUUCUGAGUUUGGGGGCUGUUUUGUCAAGAGUUGUAGUACCCUCCGCCUCUGAGGGACGAGGCGUUACCGUCGUCCCUCUUGGAUGGGUAGUUGAUUUCUUGCGCUCACCGCUCAGCGGGUGCUGGCCGUAGAUAGUAGGGUACGCUUUGCUUGUUAGGCUUGAUCUUGUGUGAUGAUAUGGGCUGUUUGCGCGAGAGCGACUGCUCGACCUUUUCCGUGUAAUCUUGUGUUUCUACGAUGAUAUAAUUGCAUGUUUGUUCGUUCGUCUACCGGGCGCGCGAUCUAGUGUCCGCGCGACGACGCUCACAGGACUGAGAAAAACGACGUUCGGAUUUGUCGGAUGUAUUAAUAGGCAGCGUGACUAUCGCAGCAGAGGAGUGGGGUGGAGAACGUUGGGGAAGCGAGCUUAGACAAAGGGGUCAUCGCUGCUUUCGUACGAUAGUCGAUGUUGUGUUCGAUCACAAUUGAGUCCGGUACGUCUGGUGUAUUUUUUUUUUUUUUUUUUGGUGGGGGGAUUAUUCUUGACUUUGACGGGGUGUUGUAGGCGACGGCACACAGUCCGUUCGCUUGCUCUUCGACUUUUUUCCUGUACGGUAAUUGUUUCACUUAACGAAGAAGGACGAAUGAACAAGAGUCGAAGCACCUGGCUGUUUAGCUUGUCCAAUAUUGCCGGGGGCGGUCUGUUGAAGGUUUGAGAAAAGCACACGCACGUACACUCACACGGUCUGUUGACAAUUUAUCGGUUUUUAGCGUCUCACGAAUCUACACUGCGAGUAAGUGCUUUAUUUCCCAAGAAGACGCCAUUGGUAUAACAAUACAUCAUACUCAAUUUCUGCCAUCGCCGAGAUGUCUGCGUAGUAACAACUGUCGCUUUGUUGCAUAGUUCUCUCAGUCUUGAGCUGGACAGCAGUCGAAACGGUCGUGCCCCCAUGGUGAUUUCAUGUACGGCGAGAAGAGGUAUUUGUACGCCGAUGAAUUAAGUUCGUUAGUUGUGUGAUGGGGAGUAUGCGGGGGGGGGGUCGAAGGGCUUGCGAACGCCGUGGAGUUUUAGCCAGAGCUUGGUUCGACUACGGGCGGGAUCAUGAGAAAACGUCUCAACCACCAGAAAAUGCAAAUAGCAUGGGUAUGCAUAGGCCUGUAUUAUACUUAUGAUCAUGAGAAAAAGACGUGUAGCAGUAGAAAUAGUGAAAGGGUGGGGUCGUGAGAGUUGAUGUUGGUGCGAGACUAACGGUGGACCAUGGUGCAGUCCGUAGAUUUCAACAGCUGCAUGUAGUGUUGCCGAAGCAAUAAAUCAGUGCGCGGUGAUCCGUUG